AUGGAUGAACUCGUUGAGGAAAAAGUUGAAUUUCGUGAAGAUACAGACAGGCAGAACCCUGAAGGUGGAGAAGAAGAAAUGGAAUGGGAAGAGAAACAAGAUGAAUCUGACGUCAAACAAGGAGGCCUGCCCCGCGAAAAAGUACCUGAUAAAGGAGAUGUCGAAACGACCAAGGAGUGCUGCAAGAGACUUGGAGCUGAUGGUGGCAGACUGCAGCUAGAGUCCUUUGGGAUUGAACUGGAGAUACCUCCUGGUGCAAUCGACAGCAAAGAGCCACAGGAAAUCUCUCUUCAUGUCCUGACCGAUACUCCUGAUCUUGGUGACACCAAAGGAGAGAUGUCAGUCUGCUUUGGUGUACAGUGCUUAGCUCCUGGUGACUUGGUCCUGAGGUCACCGGUGACUUACACAAUACCUCAUUGCGCUGUUGCAAAACAGUACUCCGGUUUAGAGGCAGUCCUUUACACAGGAGAAGGAGAAUAUACAUCGGAUGCUGAAGUCAAGGAACGAAUCCUACUUACAAGGUCAGGAAUACCAAACUGUAUCAUCGAAGAAGAUGUUCUUAGAUUGCAGAUGGAUCAUUUCUCUUGGUUUAACUUGGGAUUCAUCAACAAUUUUUUCUUCAGAGGGAAACAAAUGUGUUGUUUGCCAUUUGCCGAAAAGCCACCACCAGAGGAAAGGGUGCCCGUCAUUUUGCGUGUACAUCUCUAUGAUGACAUCAAAGGGAACGAAGAGAUGGUAAUACAAAAGGAAAAUCGUGUAGGAUUUGCCCACAUUCACCCUUCUACAGAAGUCCCAAUCAACGUGACAGAAGAUGACGUCACAAUGACUUGUUUCAUUGAAGAUGAUUGUGUUGGAGAGGCGAUUGUCAAGUACGAUACUUUAUGGAGAGGUAAAGACAGGAUGCGAUCCUUCAAUUUGGACCUGACCAGUCAACCUGAAAGAGUGGUACUGAACCUACAAGUCGGCCAGGAAGGGCAACCACUGGAAAAACUACUUUGUUUGUUAAAAUUUGCAUCCCAAAGCAUAUCCUCCAGCAAGAAAACUCAUUACAAAGAUGAAACACCAAAUCAACAAACAGAAGAAACAUCAAAAACAACCGGAAGAGUAGUUACGAAUGGAGAGAUCACCAAGUUAUCUAGGCUUCUACCUGAUGGAGAAUACAGCGAGUUUUGCGAAGAGUUGGGCUUUGAUUAUAACUACACACAAAAGAUAAAGACCAAACAUUUACAGGACUCGACUGCUGCUUUCAAAGAAGUUUUGCAGGAAUGGAAAAAUAGAGGUGGAUUAAUGUUGGAUCUUGAUACAGCUCUAGAGAACUCAGACCUUAGAGGAGUCAUAUGUGAAUAUAAGAAAUGA